CAUUACAUGGUGAGAAGAAUGAGACGUUAGUUCUCAUGGAUAUUAAGAAAUCCUCGGGUUAUAGAGAUUUUAUGUGGGCGACUGAAGUACAUCGCUUUGGUUUAGAAAUGUUGGGCUUGUGGCCUAAAAAUACUACGUUUUCUAUAAAAAGAUUCUGGUCACAACUUCAUGCAGGCAUUAUUUUAAUUUUAUUAGUAUUUGGUAAUAAUGUUCCGAUGAUAUAUACGAUUAUGGAAGAUUGGGGCGACAUGGUACUUGUAAUCGGUACUUUACGUUAUGCUUUACCUCUAUUGGUAGUAUCAGUGAAAUAUGCCAUUAUGCGAUCGAAACGAACAGUUCUCUUAUCGAUUGUGAAUAUGAUGGAGGAAGAUUGGAUAGCAUUUAAAUCGGAUGCAGAAAGAGCAGUGAUGAUAAGACGAGCACGAACUGCUCGAUUAAUUAUGAUCAUUGGAUAUUUUUUUAUUGCAAUCGCAUUUUUCGCAGCAACUGUUCCUACUUAUUUUGACAUCCGAGUAAUUCAUGUGACGAAUUUCACGAAACAGACCAAAUUACCCUUUGAGGCGUAUCACUUUUACAAUAUAAAUAAGAGCCCGCAGCUUGAGUUGACCUUAUUUUUGCAAAACAUAACGAGUUUCUUAGCAGCUGCCACUUACAUGACUGUAGAUUUUUUUUUAUUAUUAGCUAUUUUUCAUAUCUGCGGCCAGCUAGAGAAUUUGAGAUAUCGGCUGAUAAGUUUAGUCUCAUGCAAAAAUUUCGACAAAACUUUACAUGACAUCGUAGUAUUCCAUUUACGCCUUAUCAAAUUUGCUAACAUUAUUGAAAAUGCAUUCACUUUAAUAAUGUUUAUAAUUAUAUUUUACUUUAUUAUUGCAUUUUGUUGCUGCGGUUUUAUAAUGACUAUUAUAUUUAAUAACGGAGAAAUAAAUAAGGAUAUUUUUAUGGAAAUAUUUUACUUGAUAUUUGUGCUUAGUUCUUUAUUGAUGAAUACAUUCUUCUAUUGUGGUGGGGGAGAACUGAUGGUGGAAGAAUCCAAUGCAGUAUAUCGUGCUAUAUGCGACCUAGAAUGGUAUAAAUUGGAAUCUCAGAAGGCGAGAAAUCUUAUUUUAUUAAUGUUACGAGCCAAUCAUCCUUUUCAUAUCUCUGCAGGAAAAAUUAUUCCAAUAACAAUUGACACUUUUUGCAGCAUAUUAAAAACGUCGUGCGGUUAUAUAUCUUUCUUACUGGCAAAGCGUUGAAGAUUAUUAUGUUGCGAUAUGCCCUCUAUAAACAGCCUGAUCGUACCAUACCUCGAGGCCGACUGACGAUGAGAGUAAAAUAAAACAGGUCUACCCCAUGCUCUCCGAAACAAAUAUGGAAUGCAUACGUUGCGAUAUUUAAUGUACAGUAUUAUUAGUUUGGUUAUCCGUUUAGUCCGAAAUCCGCGGUAAAACUUGCAAUUAGGUAAAGUACUUUGAUGAUUAAUAUAGCGGUGGUAUUUAAUUGUUAAGUCGAGUUAUGUACGCACGAAGGACACGAAUGUAUUUGCAAUACAAUAAUUACGAGUAGAUGUUAUUGUAUUUCAAAAUUAAGUUGACUUUAUACAUAGAAAAUUUACAUUAUUCACUU